AUGAACAAAAGAACGCUGAGACGUGAAAGCGAAUCUAUGCGAAUAAAGAAGAAGAAAAAGAUAAAAUCAUCAAAUGACGGUGAUUUUGAAGUAGAACGAAUUCUGGAUCAUGUCACGUAAGUUUUCUUUUUGGAAAUUCAUAAUAAUUUAUCUCAUUUUUCAGAUUCGAGCAUGCUUAUAAUCAGUAUUACAUCAACAAAAAUAAACGAUAUGAAAACAUGUUCAGCGAAUCAACAGGUUGUUCUCGAAUUGAUACUUACAAAUUCUAUUUUUUGGUAAGUGAAUUUGUAUCGAAUUCGUAAAAUCAAUCAAGUUCCAACUAUUUUUGAGUUUUUCAGAUCAAAUGGAAACAUUAUGACGAAAAAGACGCAACUUGGGAAAGCGAAGCAAAUUGUUUAUCAAUGGAUAAUUUGAGAUCCUAUAAACAGAUUAAUGGAUUGCCGGAAGAAUGUAUUCAAAUCAGAGGAAAUGUGAAGAAUGGCAAAGUUGAAGUGUAUAAUGAAUUUGUAGAUAGAAAGGGAGAUGAUAAUAUGAACAAUAAACCAUUUGGUUUCUAUCCAGAAAAUACAAAUUAUAACGAAAAGUUUGGAAUGUUGCCACAUAAUAUCCUUAAAAAUUCUACAAAAUUAAAAAAUUCGGUAAACUAAUUUUCAAUUUGAUGUUUCAUAUAUAACUUAAAAUUUCAGAAUGAUCUCAAAAUUUGGCUCAAAAAACACAAUUCCCACAAAUAUGCUGUUUUUGAAUGUGACAUGUCAUUUUUACCGUGUACGUCUGUCAACAAUUAUUCUGAAUUUGAAAAAUGGCAACAAGAAGCUCAAAUGUAUGAUAAAUCGUAUAUUUCUUCUAUUAUUCAGUGAGUAUUUGCUGCACAAAAUUGAGAUUGUAAUAAUAAUAAUUAAUUACAGACAUCCGAAUUGUGUGAAAAUGUUGGAAUAUUAUUACAAACACGAAAAAUUGGGUGAAAAUUACAAUAUCUCUUAUUGUUAUGUUUAUGAAUGGCUUGAGAAGAGUUUGGAAGAUCAAAUUUUCGAAGACGAAAUGACUGUGGAAACAUCGAAAAAGUUGGUUAUCCUUAUAUUUUUCUAAUGAUUUAUUCAUCGUUUUUCAGAAUGUUCUCGGAUAUUUUAUCGAUUCUCUCACUUUUACAUGAUUAUGGAAUUCAUCAAAAUAUUUCAGCCAAUCAUAUUUUCAAAAAAGGCGAUGAUUAUAAAUUGGGUUAUUUCAAGAAUUUUCAUUUCUACAGUGAUCCGAAAGAAAUAAAUAAUAAAAGAUGUUAUUCGCGUGUGUAUAAACCAUUGAAAAAUUAUGGAGAAUUGGAUGAAGUUUCGGUGAGAUUUUUGAAGUAUUCACAUUUUAUAAAAAAAACAAAUGUUAUUUUCAGCUUGAUAUUAAUGCACUCGCUGUUGUUUUAUUGGAAUCAAUAACAGGAUCAACUGUGAAAAAUAUGGAGAAUGGCACAAUUAUUGAACAUGAAAUUGAAGCGGUACAAAAAUUUAAUUUUUUUUAAAUUUCAAUCUAUACAUUUUUUUUCAGAAAUUUUCGAGUCUUGAUGAGCCCGAGAAAUCGAUUAUUUCAACAAUUUUGAAUUGCAGUGAAAAUAUUCACGUGAAAAAACUCCCAAAAUAUCGAUUCUCAGCUAAAUCAUUGUUGAAACAUCCAUGGAUUUCGAAAAAUGAAUUUUCGAAUUUCACAAAAUGCCAUUUCCUCGCUUCAUAUUUAUCUUAUCCCAUUGUGAGUUUCUAUUUUCUAAUUUGAGUUUCUAGGUAUUUUUUCAGGAAGAAGUGUUAUUUUACAAUGAGAAUGAAGAAGUAAAAACAGUCAUUGAUCGUAUAGUUCAAUUAUAUUUCGAGGAAACUGAUGAUGUUUAUUAUCAAGCACUUUUUUUGCCGAAUUUCACUGAGCAAGGUCUUAUUACUUAUGUUGAAAGUGGAGCUUGUUUUUCUGAAAUUCUGAAUGCUAACAAAGAAUCAAAAUUGCUAAUUGUUCCCAUUUUACGCGCCAAUCAUCCACAUCCUUUGAUCAAUCCAAUUAUCACAUUUGUAUAUUUUGAAAAAGAAUUUGGAACUGUUCCAAUAAUUAUCGAGGUAAGCUUUUUCGUUGAAAAUCCUUCAUGAUUUUCCUUUUAAAGAGUGAACCAAUGAAUGAUAUGACUGUAGCCAAAACAGUAAUCGAACAAGCUUUUCCAAUAUCACAAAGAUAUUUGCCAUUUGUUGUUUUACGUUUUCCAGUAGAAUAUGGAAAUAUUGAUGCUGAUUAUGGUUAUAUUGAUGAAUCAAUUGUUGACACCGAAAUCAAACAUUCGUUUGUCAAUAAAAAAGAAAUUGAAAACGGUCAGUUUACUAGAACAUUUUUUCAACAAAAUAUUGUUUUUGCAGAAUUAUCAGAACCCGGUUCAACAUAUAAUAUUCAACAAAAGAUUUACAAAUCCAAAGUUGAUAACUCAAAUAAAAAAGAAUACCAAGGAAAAUACAAAUUUUGCGAGUUUCUGAUGAGUUUUGAAAAAAUGAAAUACGAAAGAGAAUGUAGAUUUCCUCAAUUUGCUCAUGUCAAAAUGCACAACUGAAGAUGAUGUGAGUUUCAGAAAAUUUAUAAUUUAAUUUAUUUUGGUCUCAAAAUUUUUUAGGCCACCCUCUAG